CGCAUAUAUAAGCAAGCCUUCCCGUUCUCUCCUCCUCUCCAUCUCCCUCCUCUCUCUCUCCCUCUCACCAUCUCUCCAACGAGAGGCAGAGGAAAUACAGUGUGUGAGGCCGCCGGCGACUGGACGGCGGCGGCCGGCGGAGGUCGAUGGAUCGGUCGAAGGAGUGGUGGCAGAAGGCGGUGGCCGUGCCGGUGAGGCGCGCGUGGGUCGUCGUCGCCGCCGCCGCCGCCGCGCGCCUGCGUCGCAAGAAACAUGAUGGCCGGGGCGGCGCGCUGGUGAAGCUGCACGACGACGUGCAGACGUGCGCGUACGAGGACGUGCAGGUCAUGUGGGAGAUGCUGCAGCGCUCCGAGACGGAGAAGAUGAUGGCCGGGGCGCCGCCGCCCAAGGGCUCCGCCGGGACGGCGCUCGUCUGGCUCGGCCCGCGCCGCCGCCACCACUCCAUCGACCUCCGGCCUCGGUGCUGAGCGCCGGCGAGCCUGUCAUCCUCAGAUAACGGAGAGAGUCAAAGUCCCCCUGCUAUAUGCAUAUAGCUCCUUUCUUUCUCUGCUGCUUUGAUGUAAAUAUUUUUCAGUUAAUUUCGGUCAAGAGAUGGUACCAGUCUGUCUGUAUAUAUCUUUUGCGGCAGUCCCU